ACAAGCUCCUGGUCAACCCUAACACCAUAUUGCUUUGCGGCCUUCAGCUCUUUCACUCUAAAAGACUCAGCCUCCCGUACUCUGUUACAUUCAUUUGCAGCGUUUUCAAUGAUGGCAUCCAACAUACGUGUGCCGACAUUGGCGUUUGCUGGCUUGUCCAUCUGUCUCAACGCAGCAAUCAUCGGCUGCGCAGGCCGGACACUCAACAUCUUUCACCUACAGCAGAAGAGCAACGACUGGCUCUUGCCCAUUUGGCCUGACCACUUCGACCUGCGAGAAGUUAACACUUUGAUCGGAGCAUCAGCAGCGGUGCUAGUCCUCAAUGCUGUGAUAGCAAUGGCGGUGGUGGUGCAGAGACUGCCGGCGAAUCUGAUCGUACUCCUCUGCUCGACCUUGGGCACAGCUUGCUCGCUGGUGGCCAUCAUCUUCCCAACAAUCUUGCGCUACCACGCUCCAGGGCGAGACACUUUGCAAACGUGGGCGUGCCGCUGGAAUGGGUCGAAUGGCUCGCCCGCAAUGUUCAGCAGUAUAUGCUCCGAAACACGCUUUGCCUUCUACACCACGAUCCCUGUUUUCGUAAUCCAGCUUCUACUUCUCAGCAUGGGUCUGUAUGUGCUCGUAACUGGCGGGCGAGGCCAGAUCUCCAAGGCCAUGAUCGAUGGCGAGAAGGAUCAAAGCCUGCAUGAGUUGCGACAGGUCAGAGGCCACUCGUUCGAGACGAAGAGCGAAAGUCCACAGAGUCAGCAUGUGGCGCAGAUGGGCGACAAGCAGGUUCUGUAGGUGCGAAGCUCCGAUCAUCAUAACAUCAUAAGCGGUAGUAAGGAGCCGGGUCGACAUCCGCACGUGCCCGUGUACGUUCAUUCUUUCCGAUUCCGGUCUUGUCGCGCGGCCUCAUGUUCGAUCAGCCAGAAUUCACUAAGACAUAGAAGAUGGUGAUGUUAGCAUUGUGCCUUCCAGGCGCGGUUGGCACGAGAUUUGGAACAACGUGCCU